AUUCUAGACUGAUUAUUCUGAGGAAAAAGACUUUGAAAAAUGAUGCCGUCACAUCAAAUAUUAAUUAUUUUAAUUAUAUUUAAUCAAUUACUAAAUUUCUGCAAAGUUUACGGCGAUCAUCCGUGUUAUGACAAAGUAGACGGAUACCCUUUAAAUUUUGGGAGUACCGUACACGAGAAUACUUCCCUAUUCGCUUGUAUUGAUUUAUGCUUAAAGACAGAAAAUAUCUGCAAAUCCUUUACGUACAAUUUUGAUUGGAAAACAUGCCAUUUAAGCUCUACUAUACAAGAAACUCGCACUACAUUUAAUGAGUUUAAUAUACCUAAUAUAGCCUAUUAUAUUAAAAAGGAGUUUUGCCGUCCAUCUUGCUUUUUCAAAAAAUACGAAGAGAGAUAUCUUCAUGGUUUCAGCUAUAAAACAAUAAAAGAUACUGAUACGCCAGAUGCUUGCUUAGAUUUGUGCUUGGCUGAAAUGGAAACUUGCAAUUCAGUAGAAUAUAAUAUAGCAUCUAAAAAAUGCUAUCUAAGUCGUUAUACCAAAGAGAUAAAUCCGUACGCAUUUAGGGAGAAUUGUUUUUUCACAUAUUGGGAAAGAGUAUGCGGAGAGGAACCAAAAGCUUAUGCUUGUUUUGAAACUCACAAUAAUCAUUGGUUACCAAGAGCUAAUUCUAGAUUAAUAUCUGAAAAUUAUGAAACAUGCUUAUACGAAUGUCUGAUUUCUAAAAAGCAGUGUAGAUCAGUUCAAUAUGAUAAAAUUAGUCAUGAAUGCUACCUGAAUGAAAAUGAUUCCGAAACCGAGGAAUUAAUAUUCAAUAUAUCUUUUGUACAUUUUCAAAGGUCUUUAGAUUGUACAUCAGAUUGUUCGAUUGAAGCUCAUAAUGGAAAAGUUUUAAAACGAUUAAAUAUCGAAUCGGAGAGAUCGCUAUCAAAUUUAGAUUGUAUUGAACAAUGCUUUGCAACUGAUAAUUGUAAUUCUGUUCAAAGAAACAGUGAUUUGGCAGUUUGUCAUUUACAAAUUGAAACUAAAGACAAUAGACCAGAUAAUUUUGAGAGUUCGCCAUUCUAUACUUAUUGGCAAUUUAACUGUCCUUAA